UAAAGCUUUCUUCAUCAAAUGCGCAACUGAUCGCCUGUCUUGAGCUUGUAGAGAUAUAACAAUUUUAUUUAAAGUUUUAAAGUCACAUUAGAGACGAUCAGAUAAAGGCACAUCGUGUGUUAUGCACGCACCGGUGUCAAUAAAAAUCAAGUUGUUAAUUAUUGCUUUUAAAUAAGAGCAUGCAUAAACAAGUUGGUGCAGUUGCAGAGGAGCCACGUGGGAAAUGAGGGACAGUUACAAAAGCACUACCGCAGAUCAGAAACACCUACAACCUUGACUGAGCACGACAGCGCUGCGUUAUGCAAUUACUUUUCAGAUUCUAUAAUAGGCUAAUAAUGCCAUGAGGGUUUAGAAUGACUAGACGGGACGAUGCAUUUCGCAGACUUCUUUGCAGGAUCGUUUGGAGGAGCGUGUGGUGUGGCGGUCGGUUAUCCACUGGAUACUGUCAAAGUCAGAAUCCAAACUCAGAAACAGUUCGCUGGAAUCUGGCACUGCAUCGUAACCACCAUCAAAAAAGAAGGGGUCCAUGGCUUCUUUAAGGGAAUGGCUUUGCCGAUCACUACUAUAUCCAUGACGUCCUCUGUGGUGUUUGGCACUUACCGGAACUGUCUGCAGUGUUUGGCUCAGAUCCGCGGGAUCGGCGCUCCCAACUCCAAGCUCGAUGUGUUUCUGUCAGGCCUGGCGGCUGGAGUGGCACAGGUGUCUGUAAUGUCACCGGGCGACUUGGUGAAGGUUCGUCUUCAGUGUCAGACGGAGAGCAAGAGAAGCGGACUCAAACCCAGAUACAGCGGUCCGAUGCACUGUCUGCUGAGCGUCGCCAGAGACGAGGGCAUCUCAGGCCUUUACAGAGGAGCUCUGCCUCUGGCCUUCAGAGACGGGCCGUCAUUCGCCACCUACUUCUUGACCUACAGCACUCUGUGUUCACUGCUCACACCUGCAGGACAGAAAGAGACAGAGUGGACCGCGGUGCUGUUGUCCGGUGGAUUGGCAGGAACGGCCGGCUGGUCCGUCGGGACACCCAUGGACGUGAUCAAAGCGCGUCUGCAGAUGGACGGCGUCCGAGGAGAGAGGAGAUACCGAGGACUGGUUCACUGCGUGGCUGAGACCGUACGCAACGAAGGGCCGGGGAUCUUCUUCAGAAGCUUGGGAAUAAACUGUCUGCGAGCGUUUCCCGUCAACAUGGUGGUCUUUGCCGUUUACGAGGUUUCUGUCCGGGUUCUCAGGUCAGCAUCUGUGGAGCCACUCUAACGGUCACACCAUUAAUGUGUGAUUCAGAUUGUGUUUUUGUGUUUUUUAUUAGCCUGCUUUAUAUAUGUGACCCUCUCUGUGAAAAUCUGAUUAUGAGCUAACAAGCAUCAACGUUUCAUUUCACUAUGAUAUCCAUCUUUGACAUGGUCUUACUCAGUCAGUAAUAAAGAUAGCAAGGUUGCAUUUUCACAGAAUGUUGUAUGAUUUUAUGUAGAAAACAGUAAAUCUGCAAAAAAAUGACUUGAGCUGGGUUUUCACAGACGGAGUUAUAAAACCUCUCAAGAACACGUCCCAGGCAUAUUUUACCCCAAAAUAAAAAGAAAAAAAAAUAGUUUUAUUUAUUUAUGUUUUACACAACAUAUUAAAUUGUACUGGUUUUAAUUUAUUAGAAUAAGAAUACAUUUAUUAGCAUUAAU